UCCGUCACUCUGCCGCUGAUUGUGCAGACUGCUGCUGUUUCUGCCUUCAUUCAGCACCACCACGUCCGGUCGGAUGACUGUUUCCUCCCGCACCUGCUGAACAUCUCUGCCCCCCCUGGACAAACACAUGGACACGGGCGAAUUCAGACAGCAUGGGCUCCAGACUGAAGCAAAACCCUGAGCGAACCUUCCACUGGUUCUUCGAAGCAAAUUGCCCCGUUGCCAGAGACAAAGAUCCCGGCGUACUGUUUCAGUUCCCAGAGGACUUCAGUGACGAGGAGUCCUGUCAGACAUUGCCUAAAUUCUGCUUCCCAUACGACAUACAGAGAGUGAGGGGCGGAGUGGCCGUGCAGCACUUUACUUUUGUUCUGACUGACCUUGAGGGAUGCCAACGCUUCGGCUUCUGCCGCCUCACCAACAGCACACAAACCUGCCUUUGCAUACUCAGCUAUCUUCCAUGGUUUGAAGUGUUUUACAAACUUCUCAACAACUUGGCUGAUUACCUGACAAAGGGACAGACCAGCGAGAUGAAAGCGUUGCUGGCUUCACUCUACAAGCAGCCCAUACCGCUGGCAGCUGGAUCCAUCACUCUGCAGAUGGGAGAGCAGCUAUUGGUCAGCACAGAGGUGUCCCAUCCUGUUGGACACCCAGGGGCACAAGAGGGGGUGCCGUACUUCAUCGCUCCAGACCCCAGAAGUCUCCCCUCCAUCCCAGAAAAUAGGAACUUGACAGAGCUGAUUGUGGCAGUGGAUGUGGGCAACCUGCUCCAGAUCUAUGCCAGCAUGCUGUUUGAGAGACGCAUCCUGAUCUUUGCCAGCAAACUCAGCACUCUGACGUCUUGUGUGCAUGCACUCAGUGCCGUGUUGUAUCCCAUGUACUGGCAACACAUCUUCAUACCUGUCCUGCCACCUCACCUACUGGACUACUGCUGUGCACCCAUGCCUUUCCUAAUAGGCGUCCACAGCAGUCUAUCUGAGUGGGUGAGGAGUCGCGGGCUGGAGGAAGUCGUGAUUCUAAAUGUGGACACGAACACUCUCGAAACCCCCUUUGACGACCUCAAGAGGAUACCUUCAGAUGUGAUGUCUGGGCUGAAGCUGUGUCUGAAGCGUCAGGCCGUGUCUCCCGGCUCCGGUGUCUCCCGGGCCUUCCUGAGGGCUCAGGCCCUGCUGUUCGGGGGCUACAGGGACGCACUGCAGGGUCACGAGGAAGGUGAAAUAUUUUUCAGCGAGAGGCUGUUUCUAGAUCACAAGUCUCACAGUAUGGGGCAGUUCCUGCAAAGCGCCGUUCAUUUGCAGUUCUUCAAACAGUUCAUAGAUGGCCGCCUGGAUAUUCUCAACACAGGGGAGGAACCAGACGACCUGUUUGAGGAUGAGAUCCUAAAGUGUGAAACAACAGCUGGAAGAAGCAAAUCGUAUCAGCAGUUAGUUGGUAAUUUAAAGAAAGGGGGAGGAGCGCUUAUCCUCAACAUGAAGUCCAAGGCAAACAUGAGAGCCAAAGGUCUCGCCAAGUCUGGUUGGAAAAAUCUGCUGAUGCACAAGGCCAACAAUGAAGCCCACUCUCUUCAGAGAGGAGGAUCAGUGUCACACCGCCGUGCCCAAUCUGACUGCCUGCAGAAUCGCCUGCCAAUCACGCCACACUUCGGGAUGUCACGUCCCCGUCGGCCUGUUCACAAACACAGGCCUCCCAGAGACCAGGACAACAUGAAGGACACCGAGGAUACAUGGGAUGGAGCCGUUUCUGGGCCUGCAGUCGAGCCUGACGCUGAGCUCCAGGAGGAUGAAGAAGACGGGGAGGGUACACUGCUGAGUGACCCGGAGGAGAUGGACCUGCUCGGGGAGAUUUUUGACACUCUCAGCUCCCGGAGCUCCCAUGAACGCGGCCUCCUGUACGGCACCCGCAGUCUGGAUCUGUUCGGACCAGACAGCCAUGACUAUAUCACAAAGUUCGGUCCAGUCAACCCCAGCCAGGAAAGCCUGUGUCUGUCCAUCAGCGGCAGUGGCAGCCUGCACAGCUGGAAUCCGGACUCCGAUUGGCCAUACCUGGACCCCAGUGUUCCAGAGGAGGAGGGGUCAGAGUGUCUACUGGCAACGUGUGAAAUGGAGGAAAAAGAUAGGGGACAGAGGGAGGAUGAAGAGAAACAGGAAGAAGUGAAGGUGGCAAUAAAUGGGAACCAAGGACAAGAAAAAGAAAACAGACAUACAUUUGAGGAAGUUCGGUUUGAGGAAAUGAGAGUGAGCCUCGGAGCGGAACCUGAGGAAGAAACGUCUGAGAAGCGAGAGGAUGAAGGGUUAAAAGCAAAGCGGGAAGAUGAGAGAAAUCAGAGUGAUGAGUUGGCUGAGGGACAAGAAACGCAAAGAGAAACAAAGGAAAUGCAGAAAGUUGUAGCGAGUGAAGAGGAGGGAAAUGAGAACCAGGAAGAGAAAGAGGUUACAAGAUCUUUCAACGAACUUAGAAAGCUGAAUAACCAUUAUCCCAACAUGGUGGAGGAGCGGCAAGGACAACAGGAGACAGACAUUCCAGACAGCACAGUUUGUCCUGGGCCUCAGAGCCCCACUGCUGACCCCAAACCUCCAGCAGUUCAGGAACAGAGGAGUGAAGAAGCGGUCAAGAAAGAGGAGCGGGGGUCGGGACAAAUGCCCUCUCCACCGAAAGUGCAAUCUACUGUAGCACGCUUCCAGUCUCAGGCCUCCAGCCAGAGCUUUCAGGUGAAGUCCAGGAUCAAGGGCUUGGCUGAACCGGGGAGGCCGUGCAACGCGUUGUGGAGCACGGAGAAAACACAAACCCACCGGCCCUGUGACUCAAAUAUAUCAGAAGAGAACAACUGCUCAGGGGCCCAUGAGGGGAAAGACCCCACUCCCAUCAAAGUGUCGGAACUUAAGAAGAGAUUUGAAGCUUGAAGGACAAUUCUGUUGACAUGGUUUUGUGGUCAUUGAUGACAAAUUGCCCUAUUUCCCUUGUUGUUGCCGUUAAAAAAUAUAUUGUUUUCUUUUUUACAGAAAAUGUCCCAAAACUGGAGUAAAGACGACAAAUUUUCAGCUGCACUUAUAUUUAUGAGUGAUAAACUACAGCAUGUGAGUUGGUGCUAGAGAAGCAACAUGUCCCCAGUGCCACAGUGUGGCUUAGUGGUGUGUUUUAAAAACAUUUUGUAGGAUUUGUUGACAAUAAAAAAUUUUAAACAGGA